AUGGAAAACGCGUGGAGCAACGGCAAGAUGAAGGUCAUGAAGCCGAGGACUUCGAACGAGAAUGUUCCACCGAUGCAGAUCGACUCGGAUGAGAGAAGAGGACGCUAUCUCCAACCAUCCACGAUGAGUCCACGGUUUCAACCGUACACGGAGAACAUCGACGCCGGUUCGCCGCUCGCACGCUACCUCUUCGCCGGAUCUCCUCUGCCCGGCAAGGUCGCUGCAGCCGGCGAGGCAUUCAGUCCGCCGUCGUUCAAUGCCUGGUCCGCGAAAGCUCUUCAAUACUGUGGUAACAGUUCGGGGCGGAGCAGCAGCUUCGGCUCUCGCGGUAGGAUGUCGCCGUCGCCGCUUUCGUCAAUUGAGAACAUGGAGAUCGCGUCGCUAAUGUCACCGCCAAUGUACCGAACGGCGGCGACGGGGGACGACGACGUUCUCGUGAUGGAUGACAUUCUGGUGAGGCCAGUGUCCGGAGGAAAGAGUGGAAGGUCUUCAUCUUCCUCUGGCCGCGGUUCGUCCUCUUCGUCAUCGGCGUCCAAGAGCGUGUUCAAGACGGAGAUGUGCAGAGCGUGGGAAGAUUCUGCAAACUGCCGCUACAACUCCAAAUGCCAGGUCGUCCCUCCCCGAAAAGCAAAUCCAGGGCAGAAACAAGCACAUCAUCUGUCAGAGGAGGAUCAAGCACGCAUGGCCCAAGCAGCCGCAUUGUUCAACAGCAGCAUGCAGCAGUGGAAUCUGAUCACCAAGUUACAACUUCCCAACCAACUUCACCCGAACGGCAUCAUACCCUUGCCUUCGACAAUGACUGGUCACCCCUGGAUGAUGGUAUUGACGUUCUACUCCCAGGUUCAGAUAAAGCUCCAUCAAGGAAAGAAAUUUAUGCUUAUAUUUCCAGUAUUCACCAUGUCCACACUGCGAAAAGAAGACUACCGGUAUUUGAAGCAAUUAGCAAGGGGGCUUGAUCCCCAUGAUUGA